AGUAUCAUGUUUUGUUUAGCUAAAAUGUCACAAAAAUAAUUUAUUAGACUUAAUUCGAGUGUAGCAUUGAUAAAAUGUUACACUUUUAGUUCGAUCAAUUAUCGAUAGUUAAUUGAAUUCGAUAUAUUUCUUUUAAUGAGUAUAUUAAUCACAUCAAUUUUAUGGUUUGGGUUGAUUGUCAUUUGUCAAAAUCAAUCGGUCAAACUUAACAGUAGAUUCCACAGGAUUGCAAAUGGAAUAUUUUUCAAUCCAAAUAGCUAUCCUUUCGUUGUUGGUCUGAAAAUUGUUUUAUCCGACAAAAAAGUUGAUUACUGUACUGGUACCUUAUUAUCACCAUUAUAUGUAUUAACAGCUGCUCAUUGUAUAUCAACUUUCAAAUCUGUAGAGGUAUUUCGGAGUGGUCCAAAAAUAAAUUUUGAAAAUAUUAGAACAGUGGUAGAAUUCACCAAACAUCCAAAUUACAAUGAAUUUUCAAUGAUAGCUGAUUUGUGUUUAAUGAAAAUGAACAGACCAUUUGAAAAUAUAAACAAUUAUGCUAAGUUAUCUCAAAAUUUUAAAGUAAUUCCUAACCGAAAAUCUUUAGAUUGUGUUAUAUUAGGAAUAGGUAAACAAACUGUUGGCUUCCCUAAAAAAGGAGCUCAGCUGGCUAUGGUAAAAGUUAACUAUGGACCAAAUGCUUGUCUACUUCCAUCCGAUAACACCAUUGUAUCAAAUGCCAUUAAGGAAUCGUGGAAAUUUUUCUUAUGUCCAGAACCCAAUAGUAGUAUGGCUUGUGUUGGUGAUAGUGGGGGAGCAUUGAUUUGCCAAGAUUUUCUUCUUGGAGUAACAAGUCAUGCUUAUUACUAUUUACCAGGUAUGUCUCAUCAAGAAAUGAACUGUGGUGAUUCGCGUGUUCAAACCAGAUAUGUGUUUGUAAAUAAAUAUCUAAAAUGGAUUCAAAAUAUUGCUCUGAAUGAAGCGCCAAAUUUAAAAUAUAAUUCAAUAAUUUUAAUUUUAUUUUUAAAAAUAAUAAGUUUCUUAAAAUAAUAAAACGCAUUUUAAUGUAAACAAUAA